AGACACCACCUGUAACGCAGUGUGUUCUGGAGACGUUAUGCAGGCGCUUCCGUCACAGAACAGCGAAGAAACGCGUCGGCCAUCAUGGUCUCGGGCAGAAGGGAAUUUGGGAUCGUGACUAACGGCGAACUAUGACGAGAUGAUCACAGGCUAGACGCACGAAACGGCGCCUAUAUCAGCGGAAAAAAACGUCAUCCGAACCGGGAAGCGGCUCCCAGUACCAGGGAGGAGAGCGGAAGUGGGCGGACAGAGCGCCGGAAGUCGGGGAAGUUAGACGGUCUGUCCUCCUGCAGGCGAGAGGCUGAAGCUUUCUCCCGGUGUAUUCUGUAUCCAUUGACAUGGCGGAAUCUUGUCGGACGGCGGUGGCGGAAGGAGCCGCGUCCAGCACCGUGACCGAGAACGAGGCCCAGCCGGAACCGCGCUCGCUGACCAUAAAACUGAGGAAGAGGAAACCAGAUAAGAAAGUGGAGUGGACGUGCGACACUGUGGAUAACGAGAACCUGGGAAGGCGCUCCUCGAAAUGUGAGAGUCAGCAGAGACGUGUCUUCGCGGGCAGACCGAUCAGCCUUGGUGUCUUUGAGGCCUUCACAACCUCCUGAGAAGGUUGAGGGAGGGGUUGACCAAAGUGGA